AUGGCGCGAGCUGAGUUCCACUGCAACGCGUCCUUCGACGUCACGGGCUUCAAAACAAUCCGCGUCAUUGAUGAGCAGGAGGAGGAGAAAAUCCGACAGCUCCCAAACUGCGACACAGAUGGGGUAGCCGCCGAAAUCUUUGACAACGGCAUCGUGGUUAGCAUCGUGAUCCUCUUCAACCACUACUAUCAGAACAGGCUCGACUAUCCCGGGGAUCAGGAGCUCAAAGAGUACGUCGACUCCAAGGCCAAAGUUACAAAGUACAGCAAAGGCGUGGCCAUGUUUGGUGGGCGACCUUGUGAGCCCAUGCACCUUGCAAUCCAGACAAUGAUGAAAGUUGAAAAGGAGAGCUUCACCAGUCCUCGGGCGAUGAUGUCUUUGCGUCUCUUCAACGGAUUUCGAUUGCUUGCCACGAAGAGCAGCGAUGCAGAAGAUCUCAAAAUUUACGUUGAAACUUUGGCAUUCAGGCAUAUGGGUAACGAUGUGACAUCCCCUCGGGUCGAAGCAGUUGCCGAAGCCUUUCUUGAAAUUUUGGAGCAGAACGUGGCAGAGUUACCUCCUGGCUAUGCGGCUGCAUGGCGUCAACUACUGGCCUACGCAGGUUCAAGUUUCAGGUUUGUCAAUGAUAACUAUGGUGAGCGGCUAAAGAUCAUCGAGGGUGACUGGGAAGUGAUCCAGACUGCAGCUGAAAACGACACUGACGAGUCCGUGGUGCACAGUUUCGGUGGUAUGUGCGCUUUCAGUAGUGCAGUCAUGGGGCAGGAAACUCAAGGUUGGAUGGAAGAACUCUUGGAAGUCUUCCAUGUACUCGUGGACAGGAUUUCCAGUCCUAGCAUCCUGCAAGAGGAAUGUGAUCUACUGUCCAUCAGCAUGAUUGCAAAGUCAGAGGAGAUCGACUUUAAUAAGUUCAAACCUGUGAUGCUUGCAGCCCUGCGCUCGUUGCUUCCGCAAAGGUGGAGCACAAUCCAUGAGACUGCCUGGGAGUGGCUGUGGGCCACCAUCAGCCGCAACCUCACGGAAGCCACUAUGAAAGUGAGGGCAUUCAAGCCGCACAGUGCCAGACUCUUCUGUUUGCUUGGUGAGGAGCAGCUUGAGCAUUUUCGCAGCACCGUCUACACGGAGUUCUUCUCGAAGUGUUCUGCAAGCCAAGAUUUGUUUAAACAGUCGCAAACAAGGCUUCGCUACAUUGCAGACCGCGUGCUGCGAUCUUCCUACGACAUGUUCCACAAGCCAAAAGACGAAAUGGUGGAUGAUCUAUCUGCGCUGGGCUUGCGUCAUGUAGGCUACGGCGUUCCUGUCGAACUCUUUGCGCCUUUCACGGAUUCCUGCGUGGAAGUCAUGAAGCCCUUAAUUGAAGCUUUUUCCAAAGACGAUUCUGUGAAACUUGUUUGGUGCCCAGCAGAUCGAGCACAUCAAUUGCCAGAAAACGACCUCCCUGAGCAUAUGAUGAUAGAGGGCUUCCGCUGGUCUAUCGGCCUGGUAGCACGGGUACUGGUGCGUACCAUCACAGAAGGUUCCACUGCAGUUAUGCAAGCCAUCAACCAAGAUGAUUCCAAGCGCUUGCGCAAAGCCCUCCGUGAAGCUCCAAGAGCUGAUCGCAGCAGCUGGCAACUGCGCGUUCGGGUUGGUAGCCAGUCAAUUUCACCUUUGUAUUGGGCUCUCAGGAGCGGUGCGCACGCAGCAGCGAAUUUCAUGAUUCAAGACAUCCUCACAAUCCGAGCCGAUAGAGACCGCUACUAUUAUGGUGUUGACGAUCUUUUCAGGCUCCAACCAGAUGUUGCCGAGCACAUCCUGCGAGAAGCACCCACCCUUUCUGAGACGCUUUUGAAUGGCCUGAUUUGGCGCUCUCACAAGACCCAGGACGGCUUGCGGCCAGUGAUUUACUACUUGGAGUAUUUGGUGAAAGACCGGGAGUCACCGUCACAGCAGUCACAAUCACAACUCUCGCGGGCAUUGGUCAGCUUCGUGAAGUUUAAGCAUCCUCGCACGAUCAUGCACCCAAUUCUGACGUUUGUCUUGGACCUGCUCUGGGAGAAUUUGGCAAUGCGCACGUUCUUUCUUGACCGCUUGUGGACCAUCAUUAGCUUUAUGAUUUUCCUUUCAGCCAGUUGUUUCUUGAACCAACCUGCCAUGAUGCAGAAACCUGCGAACAAAUAUGGGCUCGCUGCUGCACGCCUUUUGGUCUAUGUGGUGGGCCUUGGCCGACUACUCUACUGGCACACGAUGCAAUUUUACAGGUCGUCCAUGAGCAAUGAAGUGAAGAACUUCGCCUGCCUGAGGGUUCCACGUUAUCUUCUGCAAGGGCAAGAUAUGGUCAGUUUUCUGCUCAUGAUCAACAUGACCUGCAUGAUCAUGGCUGAACCAAUGAUUCAUUGUCUUGGGAGCACUCAGGACAUCGUUGAUUUUAGCUGUGAAGCCUGGACAGAUGAAAUGAGCUUUGCCUAUGCAGUCUUUCUGGUGGCGGGCAUCUUUUUGUACACCAUCUUGGUUUUGGACAUUGGGAACAUCUCCAUAGAGCUCUGCGAGUACAGGGUCUUGUGCUUGCAUGCCUUGAAGCAGGUGAUGCUUUGCAUCGGGGCUAUCUCCAUCACAACCUUCAUAUUCUCCUUUGCCAUCACGGCAAUGGUUCUCACCCAUGAGGGCGCAAACCUCAUGGGUCAUGAAUGGGCUGAGAUGGGAAGUACUAUGUCUACUUUAGCUCAAUUGGCUCUGGGUCUCAUGGAUUUGGGUGAGUUGCACCAUUUGAGCGAAGACAGUCCUUUCCUUCUUGUAGUCGUUGCUCUGUUUGUGCUGGUAGUGUACAGUUUCUUCUUCAAUCUUCUAAUAUCGCAGUUCUGCGGUGUUUACUCGUCACUGUCCGCAGACAUCAAGGGACAUGCCAGGCUUGCGAGAGGGCAAAUCAUCCUCGAGACCCUGAAGGUCAUCGAUAUGAAGCGUUGGACAGCUUUCUUGUCGUCGUUGGCAUUGGACCGUCGCGUGGACUUUGAAGAAGGCGACAUUGGCCUAGCAGGAGGCAUCAAAGCCUUCGAGCCAGCACUGGAACACCCAGUCUCCAAGGACCAAAUCGUGCGCUUUGUCGGUCAAACAAAUCCUUCUCUCCCGUGGCCAGAGCACGGAAGUGGUCAAGACAGCAGCAUGGAAUCGAUGAUCCAGAAAACGAUUCAAAGGUCCAUACAGAAAAUGCUGGGAAAAUGCAAGAUCGGUGGCAUCGAUGAUUCGAGCAGCAGCCAUCCUAGCAGCAGCAGCAAAAGCCAUCGCAGUGAAUCGCAGUGAGAUUUGUGAAGACACGCUGUGCCAUGACACAUUUUGAAUUGAACACCGAUGUCAUCCGGAGGUAAACUGC